AUGUCUCACCAAAAAAAUGACAAAAAAAAUGACGAAAAAAAUGACAAAAAAAAUAGCGAACAAAAUAGCGAACAAAAUAGCGAACAAAAUAGCGAACAAAAUGGCGAACAAAAUGGCGAAAAAAAUGAAGAUUACUUUAGCAUUGUAACAAACUACUUUUAUCAUUUAAUAUAUGGAAAUCAAGAUAGUCAAAGUUCCAAAUCAGAUAAUAAUUUAGACAAAAAUUUAUAUGACGACAUUGUAGAAAAACAUAAAAACAGUGUUCAUCAAAUUGUGUAUAAUUUAAAAUUAAAACGGGAAUCGAAUUUUAACAUCCCCACUAGAUUUAGUAUAACCCCCGAAAUUGAAAAAGCUCCAAGCUUGAAGGAAUUAAUCCAUACCGAAAAUAAAAUUGUUGAGAAUUUUCAAAAUGAAGAAGAUGCAGAAAAUGAUGCAGCAAUUUUGGAGAGGUAUGAUUUAAAAAAAUCAGAAAAAAAGAAAAAAGGAAAAAAAAAAAAAUCAUUAAAUUUGGGUAUACUAUCAUCUGAAAUAUUUCAGUCAAAUAAAUCACAUCAAAAUGAGAUAGAAAAAGAAACAACAAAUUUAACAAAACAAAAUAAUUCUGAACCAAUAAUCGAUUCUAAAGAAAAUAAAAUUAAUUCCAUAAUAAAAAUUAGUGAAAAGGAAAAUAAGACAGAAAAUGAAAAAGAAGAAUAUUUUGAAAAGGGGUCGUCAGCAAAUGAAAUGGAAGAAAAAAAGAACAAUGAAAAUAUUCAAAUAAAUAACAAAAAAGAAAAAAAAAAAAAAAAAAAAGUAACACACAAUAAUUUUAUUAAGCCACUAAAUAAUAAGCUAACAAAUUUAUAUGAUAUAAAUAAAAAUAAUCAUGAAACAUUGAAAAAAACAAAAUGUAAUAUAAAUAAAAAAAGUAAUAAUGACAAUAUGACAAUAAAUUAUAUAUUGGAUGAUAAUAAAAAGUUUGUAAAAAUUAAAAGUAAUAAGGAAAAAAAAGAUGACAUAAUCAAAUUACCAAAAAUAAAUUUAGUAUCUCAUAAUAACUUUUUGUCAAGUGAAGAAGAAAAUGAAAAAAGGGAAAAUUAUAAACAAUAA